GCUGUCAUGGCAACUGGGCUAGUAAGGUGAGCUGCCUGAAGGGACUUCUCCGGGCCUGGUGAGGAAAGUUUCCGUGCGGCUACACCGGUCACCUAUGAGCCAUGAACGCCGAGCCUCACGUUUCCAGUGUGCACCGGCAACCGGAGAGUGACGGCGAUAACGAUGUCUUUCUCCCUGAAGGAAGUGUGGUGCCUGCCAAUCAGUUUUUACAUGAACUGCCAAGUUACCAGUCUCUUCUGCGCAGGAGACCCUCAAACUAUGGAACCAUGGAGAGUCGCAGAAGUGUCCGACGUAUGACUACGUCACUGUCCCGUGAGCCAAGUCGCGUGGGCUCAAUCCAUGAAGAAUAUAAUAAUAUGCCUCUCCGUGACUAUGCGCUUAGCAUACAAGAAAAAAGGAAAAUCAGGAAUAUUCAAUUGUCACGUUCCCAGUACAUUUCAGGAUGGAGUCAGUGGAAAGAGAGCAGUCGGAAUCAAGUGAGAAAGUUCAAGGAUGAUUUUGCAGAGUUAUUUUCUUACCUUAUGCUGUGGCGAAGUAAUAUCAAUAGCAUAGAGGGAAAAUUUGGCACUGGCAUUGGGUCUUACUUCUCAUUCCUUAGGUUUCUGGUGUUACUGAAUCUUGUGAUCUUUCUUUUGGUGUUUUGCUUCACUACACUGCCUGUUGCCAUUUCCAAGCAAGGAGUUCUUAACAGCAGCCUGGUUGUUCCCACUGGCGUUGAUUCUGCAUGUACAUAUUAUACACCGACUGGUCAAGGACUUCUGUAUUUCUACAGUAAUAUAAUAGAUCUACUCUCGGGGACGGGUUUCCUUGAACUGACAUAUUUAUUCUAUGGUUAUUAUACCAUCGAUUCCGUCACUGUUUACAUCUUUAAGUACAGUUUGCCACUGGCCUAUGUGCUGGUGACUAUUACCUACCUGCUCUUGAGUAUCCUCUGGAUAGUUAAAAGGGCUGUGACUGGUUUUAAGCAAAGCUUGGUGCAUGAUUCUGAUCGAUUUCAAAGUUACUGCAACAAAAUAUUUGCAGGCUGGGAUUUCUGCACCACAGAUGAAAACUACGCUCGGUUAAAACACAGCAGUCUACAGCAUGAACUGAAAACAGACUUGGCAGAGGAAAGAAUACGCCAGAGAAAAGAGAAACGAACAAGGGGAGAAACCAUUAGGAUCUAUUUGUUGCGCUUAUUUUUAAAUAUAAUUGUCAUUGCUGUUUUGGGAGGCUGCUUUUACGCAAUCUACUUGGCUACUGUCUAUUCACAAGAAUACAGUAAUAAUAAUGCUAUCUCACAGAAAACUGACACCAUUAACCUGCUUGUGGAGUAUCUACCAUCAAUAGUAAUCACCAUAGCAAAUUUUAUAACGCCUGUAAUCUUUCAAACAAUUGUAGGUUACGAAGAUUAUGCGCCUGCCUUUGAAAUCAGGUUUACGCUCAUAAGGUGUGUGUUUGUCCGGUUGGCCAGCAUUGCUGUACUGCUAAUCUCGCUCUGGACUCGCAUCACUUCGUGCGAAAGCAAGAACUGCAGCCCUUGUGGAUAUAACCAUACGUUAUACCCUUGUUGGGAGUCUAGAGUUGGGCAGGAAAUGUACAAGUUGAUGAUUUUUGACUUUUUAAUAAUUGCUGCAGUGACAAUUUUUGUGGAAUUUCCUAGAAAGUUGCUAGUCACCUACUGUUCGUGGAAGCCCAUUAAGUGGUGGGGGCAGCAAGAAUUUGAGAUUCCUCAGAAUGUGCUGGAAAUAGUGUAUGGGCAGACAAUCUGCUGGAUAGGAACAUUUUAUUCACCCCUCCUGCCGGCCAUAGCAACUAUAAAGUAUUUCAUUAUCUUUUACAUCAAAAAGAUUAGUCUUAUGGAGAACUGCAGGCCUUCAACUAGGCCUUUCCGGGCAUCCAGCUCCAACUUCUUCUUCCAGGUGAUAUUGCUGAUAGGUCUUAUCUUGGCAUGCAUUCCUGUGGGACUCGGAAUCGCAUAUAUACCAGCAUCUAAAGCAUGUGGGCCGUUCAUGAACUUCAACACUUCUUGGGAAAUUAUCCCAGUUACAAUAAACUCAUUCCCAGCGGGCCUGCAGAAGACUAUCUACGUCAUUUUCUCAGAAUCAUUUGCCGUUCCAUUUUUCCUGCUAUCUUGUCUUGUCAUGUUCUACUUCAUUGCUCUUGCCGGAGCGCACAAGAAAGUGGUGCAGCAACUCCAAGAACAGUUAACUAUGGAAAGCCGAGAUAAGCUUUUUCUUAUCAGAAGACUGACCGAAGCACACAGCAUCAGGGCAUAAAGACCCAAAACGCAGCAAA